UAUCAACCUUCAUCUAAAUCACCUCCUAAUAUACCUUGAUUUGAGCUCCUUCUCUUUCUAUCUUCAUUUCAUUCCUUGAAACCACCAUUCACCAUUUAUAUACAUCAACAUUCAUUUCGUUACUACCCUUUGAUUUGACCUCCUCCUGUUGCUUAAUUUCUUCUUUCCUUUGCUUGAUACCAUCAAUCACAAAAAUGGAAGUCGGGUAUAUCGCAUCACCAGUAAUUCUAGGACAUGAGGACGAAGCGGAAACGCUCCUCAAGCGACUUGUAGGAAGACCAAAAGAAUUAGACAUUGUACCUAUUGUCGGAAUGCCUGGAUUGGGCAAGACGACUUUAGCUACAAAAUUGUAUUCUCAUGAAACUGUAAUGGGGCAUUUUGAUGUCCGUUUAUGGUGCUGUAUUUCACAAGUGUAUGACCGGAGAAAGGUACUAUCAGAGAUUUUGAAACGACUUGACAAGCAGAAUACAGCAAGAGAAGAAAGUGAUCCCAGCGAAUGGGCCGAUGAGCUACGCAAAUUAUUGAAAGGAAAGAGAUAUCUCAUUGUAGUAGAUGAUCUGUGGAGCAUUGAUUCAUGGGAUGACUUGCGAACAAUUUUCCCGGAUGAUAACAAGGGAAGUAGGAUUGUUUUGACUACUAGGCUAAACGAUGUCGCUUCCUACACCUCAAAUAAUCCUCACCAUCUUCGACAUCUUACAGAAGAAGAAAGUUGGGAGCUAUUGAAGAAGACAGUAUUCGAGGAAGAAAGUUGUCCCGAUGAACUUGAAGAGAUCGGAAAUGAAAUUGCAAGCAGUUGUUUAGGUUUACCUCUUGCAAUAGUUUUGACAGCAGGGCUUCUUGCCAGGGGAGAAAAGGAAGUGGGUUACUGGAAAGAAGUCACUCUAAAUUUGAGUUCAAACCUUUUUCAUGAUGCGAAAUGGUUAAUGGAGGUAAUCGAAUUGAGCUACAAGUAUUUGCUUCAUCAUUUGAGACCAUGUUUCCUGUACUUUGGAACAUUUCUCGAGGAUGAAGAAAUACCAAUAUGGAAGUUGAUACAAUUAUGGAUCUGCGAAGGAUUUAUACCCCACAAUGAGUUCAUUGAGUUGACAAGCUUGGAACAUGUUGCGACAAGUUACUUACUGGAGCUUAUUGGGAGUAACCUUGUAACGGUUGCCAAAAGAAGUUCCUUGGGCAGACUCAAAGUUGUUCGUGUUCACGAUCUCAUACAUCAGUUUUGCUCGAAAAAAGCUCAAGAAGAAAUACAUUUACUACAGAUUUAUGGAUCCCGCAGUUCUGGCUAUAAUAAUCCUCAAGUUGCAACUGAUAUGACUUCUUGGCGCAUUGUUUGCUCUGAUAUACAUAAUUUUAUGAUGUGGAAUCCUCCCACGGAAGGUACUCAUUCUUUGCGCUUCACUGUCUCUAGUAGCGCCAUCCGCUCAACAGAACAAUUUGAGGACUCCUUAGAAGCUUUCAAAUUAUUAACAGUGCUGGAUUUGGAGAAUGUUAAAGUCAUUGAUUCAUUUCCCCAAGGAAUUCUACUCUUGAUUCAUUUAAGGUACCUGUCAAUAAGUGGUGCUUUUCGUGAAGUUCCAUCAGCUAUAAACUUUCUUGUCAAUUUAGAGACAUUGAUUUUGAAGAGUGUUGAUCGCUGGGUUAAGCUACCAAAGACCAUAUGGGAUAUGGUUAACUUGAGGCAUUUGCAACUAUCUGGUAUAUCUCGUUUUUGGUGUUCAUCUUUACCUGAAAAUUCACAAAAACCUUCCCAAUUAGGAAAGCUGGAAACUUUAUGCACAGUUAGGUUUCAUCUUCCUUAUGACAACCCCAUUAUAAGUCAUAUACUACGUAAUAUUGUAAAAUUGGUAUGCGUGAUCCGUGAUGAUGAUUUCGAAUCCCAGUCAUGCCAACCAGUUUUUCAGUCUCUAGAUCGACUGCAAUCACUUUCUCUCAAUUAUUAUAGUCAUAAUAUUGCACUUUCUCGACGAGAGUUUGACUUCCCAUCAACUCUCAGAAAAUUGACACUGCUCUAUUUCGACUUUCGCGAUCCAUGGAGAAGAAUUUCGACCAUUGGAGAGCUACCUAACCUUGAAAACUUAAAUCUAGAUAGUUGCCACAUUGAGGAGGACAAGUGGGAUGUCAAUGUCGGGGAGUUUCGUAAUCUUAAUAUCCUGAAACUACAGUCUCUGGGAAUUGUCAAAUGGAAUGCCUCGGAGGAUGCUUUCCCGAACCUCAAGCGGCUAGUGUUGCGUCAUUGUGGUAAACUAGAAAGCAUACCUUCUAGUUUUGAGAGCUUGUAUUCACUACAGUUAAUUGAAGUGGAGAAUUGCAGCCAAUCUAGCACGAAUUCUGCUAUGGAAAUUAAGGAAACACAAAUUGAAGAGAUGGGAAAUGCCCAAUUCAAUGUCAUUAUCUCAGAUUCAUGAUGCAGCAACUAAGAGAAAGAUUCUUGAUCUGGUGAUCUCAUUACGUACGUAGUGGUGUCUACUACAUACGGUAUAUUGACAUUGGUGUAACCUUACGGUGGAAAGCCAAUUUACUCGCUUUGCUUUCAUUUGUUGUUUCGGUAGUGAAAGAAUUAGAUUCCGGUUGACGCAGAUCCAUGUCAAAAUUUGAUUUAAUAUAUAGUUGACAUAUAUUUGAAUCUUAAAAUUAAUAAAGAGGAAGAGGCACGACGGUAGGACUCUUCCUAACGGUUGCAUCGCUUAAUUAGAGUAUUAAUUAAAAGAAGUUGGUGAGGAAACUCCCGCGCACAGAACUUGUAUCCUUCUUCUCUUCUCAAUUCCUUAGAGAGUUCUUGUGAAGAUUCUCGUGAGGAUUUCUUCCUCGAAAAGAAUUAGAAUAGUCUUCUGUAACAAGGUACGAUUUUAUAGAUUCUGAGCUUUUUCGGUAUAUACAUGUAAUUGCACUAUUUGACUAGUGAA